UGUCUACACCUGCGAGUAUCCCAUAUGCCGUAAUUUUUGUCCCGGGUAAUACUUAGUUCGGACCCGUCGCGGGGCUAGUCCUACGGCUUGGCUUCCUGUCCGGCACUGCACAACAGUGCUAGCUUUCGCCAGUUAAAAAUCAAUAUCGUCGCCGUGCCUUGUUUGCAGAGCAUUGCCAGAGGCGACCCUCACUACACAGAGGCUAAAAAGCGGUCAAUCGCCAAUAUUCAAGAAUAUUGAUACCCCAAAGAGAUAUCCCACGAGGAAUCUUGACGGGGGACACGAGGAGAAUUAUGAAGCUCGUUUGCCAUGUCUAAGGCGGCGGUGAAGAAGCUGCAUUGGCGCUCCAAAGUGCACGAGAGCUUUGUGCCGCUGGACGGGGCCUCGGGCGACCUGGGCGUGGCCGUGGGGGGCGGGGCGGACUAUGGAGAGUUCCCAUUCGUCACCGCGGCCCACGGGGGCGGGUUCACAGUGGGUGACGUCAUCUUAGAGAUCGGCGGGACACCGGUGCUUGGCAUGACGCUGGGAGACGUGCGAGGGGUCCUCAACUCCUGCCCACAUCCCGUCCGCAUCAAGACUGUGUCACCAGGCUCCACCUUGUGUAAAGACUUGAGGCUGUACCUCAGUAAGUGCUUCACUCCGGGCUCCAUGGACAGCCAGCUGCAGCAGGUCAUCCGGGAGAACCUCUACCUGCGAGCCGUGCCCUGCACCACUAGACAGGUGCGUGAUGGCGAGCUCCCGGGGGUCGACUACAACUUCGUCUCUGUGGAGGAGUUCUUCUCCCUGGAGGAGUCCGGCGCCCUGCUGGAGAGCGGCAAGUUUAAAGUUUAUCCCUGUUCUGGCGUAUGUCUUGUGUCUUCCGUGUGUUCUGGCCAAGGAGGUUCGGCCGGAGCGUCCAGCCUGCCGGCGCCCACCCUGUCCCCCUCGAGGUCACGUGACUCCAGCGGGGGCGACGCCAACGGCCUGGGGCACCACCUGGAGAACGGGUUCGGACGCCACCGACGCAGCUCCCGGCGGCGCACAGUGUCCCGCAGCAACUGGGAGAUGGUCUACGGCGACUCAGGGGACUCAUACUACGUAGACCACAGCUCCAAGACAUCCAGUUGGCCUGAACCUCGGCCUGUUAGCAGGGAAAACAGCUUCAGCAAAACGGGCUUGCCAAUCUUCACGGAGCAGCCGGGGGAGCUGCGUGGCUACUCGGUGCACGCUCGCCUCUCCAAGGGGCCCCGCGGCUUCGGCUUCAACAUCGUGGGAGGCAGCCGACCCCAUGAGUUCCUGCAGGUGUAUAGCGUCACGCCCGGGGGACCGCCCACGCUUAAUACAGCGGACAUCCUGGUGUACAUCAACGACACGUGCGUGCUGGGCUGGUCCCACAGGCAGGCGGUGGAGAUGCUGAAGUGCGUCCCGAUUGGUGGGAGCGUGGACGUGGUGGUGCGGCGUGGCUACCCCAUGCUCUACGACCCCGACGGCUGCCCCAAGCAGCCUCUGCCCUCGCUGCCCGGCGACGCGCUCCCCGGCGCCCCCUACCACCACCACCACCGCCCCACCACCACCCAGCCCCAGCCCCAGUCGCUGCCUCUCCCCCACCUGCACCUCAACGGGGUGCUGCCCAAUCACCUGCCUCCACACCCUGAGCGCACCUACACCAGCAUCCACAGUAUCUGCACCUACACCAGCAUACACAGCCGGAGGAUGGCGCGUAUGAGCGUGGACACCAACGGCAACUCGUCCCCCAUGUCGGGGUCACCUCAGCGGGGGGCCACGAUGUCCUCGUACCCCUCCUACUCCAGCAUGGGGCCCGUGGUGUCGCGGCCACACUCCUCACGGGGGUACCAUAGCAACCACCAUAGCCCCCACAGCCCCCACCACCUGCACUACGGCAACGACAACCUGGCCAGCCAGAGCGACAGCGAAGUCGUGUCAGCUAUUGGCUCACACAGAGCUUCACUCAUCCGCAACCACAACAACAACUCCUUGGGCACCCCCACUCCUCUCCGCCUCCACUCGGCCAAGUCUUCAGAGAGCGACCUCUCCACCUACGCCCCCGUGCUCCCCAUCUCCCACCUCCCCUUGCCCCAGCCGGAGAUGGGUGGCCUCCCCUUACCAGCUCGUCCGCGCUCCUCCUCCAACUCGCUCACCUCCUCCUCUCCGCCCGUGCGCGUGCGCCGGCCCAGCAGCAGCAGCGGAGGCGGCAGCUUCCACCGGCCCAAGCCCCACCCCCACCCGGCGCUCCUCACGCUCCCCACCCCGGCCCGGGGCCUCUCCACCUCCUCCGACCCCUUCUCCCCGGGCCCUGGCAGCGGAGGACUAGGAGGAGGGUCCCCGCACCACCACCACCACCCCCAUCACCACCACUACAGUCUGAACGGUGUGGGGGGGGCCAGCGGCAGUAGCUGUGGAGGCAGCCCCAACAGCAGCACGCUGUCUCCGGGGGGGCUGAGCAGCGGCGGCAGUGGUGGUGGUGGAGGUGGAGGGGUUGUCAGAGCGAGACGACGGGGGCGGGGGAGGGGGAGGGGGGGCAUGGGCUUCAGCGUGACGGCUGGGGGGCAGGGGGGGCGGCUGGCCAUCGUCAAGCGGGUGUGGGACCGCCGGCAGUGCGCCGGACUCCAGCCGGGAGACGCCAUCGUCAAGAUCAACGGGGCCGACGUGCAGAGCCUCAGCUUCGCACAGGUCCAGAGGGUGCUGCAGGAGCACACUAAGCGAGGGGAGGUCAUCCUGCUGGUCUACAGGGGAGGUUCCAUCUACUCCUCCGUGUCUCCGGCCCCCGUGCGUCGGCACCGCCCGCCCCCCUCCCCGCACCUCACGCCCCGCAACACUCAGGCCGAGACCACCACCAACUCCUCCCUGCCGCCCCGCACCUCCCUGACUCCGCCCCCUCCCUCGCUGGUGCGCUCCUCAUUGGUGCAGAGCACCAGCUUCCUGGACUCAGUGCCUGUCACCCUCACCAUGGAGCCUCGCGAUUGGAUGAGCGCGGACGAGGCGGGCAGCAGCCCCCGGCAGCACGGCGGCGGCUCCUCUCGGAGGAGGGAGGAGAGGGAGAAGCUGAGGGGCGCCACUCCCCCCAAUGGACCCCCGCCGGGGCCCCCGCCCGUCCUGCGCGGGUACGAGGUGGAGCUGAAGAGGAGGGCCGGCGAGGGAUUCGGGUUCGUCAUCGCCUCGCAGGACGUGGAGAACGGCAGAGCCACCUCUCUCCUCCCUCAUCGCUUCGUGACGGUGCGGAGGGGCAGUCCGGCGGCCCGGAGUGGUCAGAUCCGCCCUGGCGAUCGCCUGGAGGCCGUCGAGGGCCGCUCGGUCGUCACGCUGCCGCACCGCGAGCUCGCACAGAUCCUGCGACGCGCCGGCAACUCGCUACGCCUCACCAUCGUACCACGCUCCAGCGCACAUGCUGCAGACAAUGCGGAGCAUGAGACCAACCACCGCAGCCGCAAGGGGCACAAGUCGCGGCCCAAGGUGAGGGAAGAGCAGCAGCCCCAGCCUCAGCAGCAGCAGCAGGACGCGCGCUACUACAGCGUGGACCUGGAGAGGGGGCCCACGGGCUUCGGCUUCAGCCUGAGGGGGGGCAGCGAGUACAACAUGGGCCUCUACGUACUGGGACUCAUGGAGGGGGGGCCUGCGUCACGCAGCCACCGGAUACAGGUGAGUGACCAGCUGGUGGAGAUCAACGGCGAGAGCACCACGGGCAUGAGCCACGGCCAGGCGGUGGAGAGGAUCCGCACCGCAGGACACCACAUACGCCUGGUGCUCAAGAAGGGCAACGGAUACGUCCCCGACUACGGUACGGAGCCAGCUCCAGGCCGUAAUCGCCCAGCAGCCCUCUCCUCUUCCUCUCUCCACUCCCCUGAGCCGCAUCUGGCUGCAGUAGACCGCCGCAGCAGGAGCAGGAGCAGGAGGGGAGGAGGAGGCCGCCGGUCCAGAGGAGGAGACGCAGGAGCAGCAGCAGGAGCAGGGGAGAGGAGGGGGAGGUCACGCGAGAGAGGCCAGGAGGUGAGGAGCCCCAGCUCUCCUCCUGGGAGACGCAGCAGGUCGGAGGUGGGGAGUCUAAGAUCUCCUCGAGGGAGAAGGAGCAGGUCGGAGGUGGGGAGUCCAAGAUCUCCUCGAGGGAGACGCAGCAGGUCGGAGGGAGGAGGAGGAGGACGGAGAAGCCGAGCAAGAGGAGGACGGGACAGAGGAGAAAGAGGUGGAGGAGGAGGAGAAGAGGAGAAAAGGAGUAGGAGACGGAAAGUUACAAGUCCUACCUCCACUGAUAUCAGAAGCCAGGAGGAAGAUGAUGGGGAGGAGGAAGAGGAGGUCAGACGAGGAGGUCAAAGGUCACGCUCUCUAUCAGCCAAUCAGGAGAGGAGGAGGAGGAGGACUACGAGGAGGAGGAGGAGCAGCAGCUCGCCCAGAAGGAGAAACACCACCAGCAGGAGGAGGAGGAGCCACAGCGAUGAGGAGCUGACCGUGAGGUCACACAGAGGAGAGAGCGAGAAAGGAGAAGAAAGAGAGGGCAGAACGAAGGAGAGAGAGAAGAGGACAAGGGAGAGGGAGGUGCGGAGUCCGAGCAUGGAGAGAAUUAGGUGGCUGGAGAGUCUGAACGGAGAGGAAGAGGAGGAGGAGGAGGAGCAGGAGGAGCAGUACAGAGGGGGUGGCGAUGGUGAUGAUGAUGAUGAUGAUGAAGGCUUCAUGCCAAUUCCAAAUCAGAGGCUGCCCAGGCCCAGACACGGCUGGGAGCAACGAGGAGAGAUUUGGGACAGUGAGGAAGAUGAGGAGGAGGAGGGGGAGGAGGAGGAAGGGGUGUUGGAGGAAGAGGCCGGGUGGGAGGGAGACGCAGACGUGGAGGAACAGGAGGAGAGGGUUCGGGCCUGGGCGUCAGAGGUGCAGAGGGAGAGAGAGAUGCUGGGACUGGGGAUGGAGGAGGAGGAGGAGGAGGGGGAGGAACCAGAAAUUGCUGGCCUGAAGGAAGAGGAGGAUGAUGGAGAGGAGGAGGAGAGGGAGGAGAGCAGGUGUGGUGGAGGAGGUCCAAAGCAGCUGCCCCGUCUCUCUGGCGUCCCCGUCCUCCCAGUGGGGGCCAAGCCUCAACUCUACGUCCCGGUGCUGCCACCUGCUGUCUCUCCCAGGCAGCAGCUACAGCCACUGACCAGCCCCAGCCAGCCCCUUAAAACGCACCCGUUCUCCUUCCUGCGCUCCCCGGGGUCCCAGGCGGGGUACGCCGAGUCCGAGGCCAGCAUCUCAAUCUCAGUCACCAGCACCACCGCCGCCAGCAUCUCCGGACUCUCAUUGGCUAAUCUGCCUGUCCCUCAUGAUGAAAACGGGGAUGGGAUCAAUCGAAUCUCCUCCAGAGCUCUUCAGCCCGGACCCUGGCUCAGACCCAGCUCACUCACCCUCCGAGAGAUCGCCCAGCAGCGCCUGUCCAGGAGACGCAGAGACACAGGAGGAGGAGGAGGAGAUGGUGAUGGAGAUGGAGGAGGAGGAAGAGGAGGAGGAGGAGGAGGAGGAGAUGGAGAUGGAAGAGGAAGAAGAGGAAGAGGAGGAGGAGAUGAUGAAGAUAUAUUAGAAAGAGUUCCAAAGUUUAUCCAGUGAAUGAAAUAUGAUGUAGAAAGAGUACCCAUGAUAUUUAUCCAGUGAAUGAAAGGAAAGAUGGUUUAGAAAGGGUAGCCUACCCACGAGGUUUGUCCUCCAGUGAUUUAAAGCUUUUCAAGGAGGGAGAGCCUGCUUGUCCACAGCCCAGAUCACCCAGGGAGAGGUGUCAGAAACCUGGGGCUGUGUUUCUCGAAAGCAUAGUUGUUACCCAGUUAGCAACUUGGUUAAUUGUCAAUGGGAAAUUGCAUUACAAAGUAGCUAACAUACGUACGGUAGUCAGCAACAAUGGUUUCGAGAAAUGCACCCCCUGGUUUAGAAGUAAAAAACCCCGCCACAGUUUCCUUCCAAAACAGGUGACUCCACUGUAGGGCUGUAACGAUAUUGUAGCGAACUGAGAAAUCGUGAUACUGUAUCGUGACACAAGGAGGCAGUAUCGUGAUAUGCCCUUUCAAAGUUUUAUUACCCAUUAGUUCAGAAAACAACCUUAUGAUUUGAUGUCAUAGUGUUUCCAAACUUCAGUGGGGAUACAUUUCAGAAAUCGUGGGGUGUAUCGAACCAUAGGUCAAAAAUCGUGAUACGAACCGAAUCGUGAGUUGAGUGUAUCGUUACAGCCCUACUACACUGAGUUAACUGCUACAGCUGUCUUGCUGAGUACUCAAUAUAAUCAGUUGACUCAGAGCUGCUGCUUGGAUCAAAAUGUUGUCAGGGUUUUUACUUUCUGAGUUAAGAACUGACACUUCAGGGAACCAUCAGACCUGGGCACCACCUGAGAGGAGAAGCGACGGAGAAGAAAGAGGAGAAAAUGGUGGACAAUGAGAUGAAGAUGAAGGAGCAAUGAAAGUGGAGGAGAUGGAAAAGAGAGAGAGA